AUGUCCAUCAGGCCAGGUCCAGACAACCAACACUCUGGUGUGAGUGGUGUCCCUCCCAGCAGUACAUCUUCCUCCCAGGGGUCAUGUCCAUCAGGCCAGGUCCAGACAACCAACUCUCUGUCUCUGCCAGGAAACACAGCCAGUCUUUACGACAGGCAGGUGUCUCUCCAUGUCAGUGUGGAACACGACUCCUUUGACCCGCCAACGUACACAAAGUCUGUCACUUCAAAUACAAUUCAGUUCCCUGUUACUGCCCAGGACUAUCAGCUGACGUCAAUAUGUGGAGGUUCUGUGCAGGCAGGGGGAAGCUGUACUCUGAUGUGUUACACGGGAGAACCUUCAAAUACAGCUAUACAGUGGCUGAAUGGAAUUACAUUCUACAUAGUACGCCAGGAUAGCUGCAGCUCCACUUAUCUCCCAGCUAACUACACCACCUCCUGUCCAAGCUCCACCAACUACACCCUCACCAUCAACAACGCCAUGUACAGCAGAGACAGGCUCAGCUGGAGGUGUGACUUUCAGUUUGGAGGUAGAGAGAGUAACCGGAUACAGAUGGAUGUAUCAGUUCCUCUGAGCAAUGUAACCAUCACAAGAACUACAACGUCUAUCUCCUGUGUUGCUGUCUCCAACCCACCACCGUCCAUGACGCUGUACAGAGACGCGACCAGUGUGGCCACCAGCCCAGCAGCAGUGGAGGGAAACACUGGCUGGACAGCCACCAUCAACUACCAGCUGACAGGCAACAGUAGGAACUCUCUGUACUACUGCCAGGCAUCCAACACACAGGCUACCGUCAACUCAACAUAUUCCUAUCCUGAUAUUGCUGUCAGCAGUGUGUCUCUCACAACCAUCACAUCCGCCAACAAGGAAGUGGGAGCUGCUGAGGGUCAACCCUUGACCUUGACCUGUGUGACCUCUUCCAGUUACCCUGCUGCUACUGUCACGUGGUACAGGAACAGUGUUCCGUUGGCAAGAGUGACCUGGGCCACAGUCUACUGUAGAGCCACCAACAUCCACACCCCCUCCCCAGUACAGUCUGACAAUGCCCGGGUGGGAGUGUGGUUCGGACCAGAGCAGGUGGAUGUGACAAAACCAGACAACACUGUAGCUUUAGAGAACAGGAACCUGACCUUGACCUGUACUGUCACCGCUUAUCCCAACCUGACCUUCACCUGGGACUACAUUGAUGGAACAUCUGUAGGUGGCAGCACAGGGCCUGUGACAGGAUCUUCUACCUGGUGGUCACAGACUCUCACCUUCAGCCCAAAUAAAGACAAGACCGCAGUGAGGUGUAAGGUCAGAAACACCAGAACAUCAGCAACACAGACUGGUUCUGCAUCACUGGAUGUUAAGUACCCACCGCCAGUACCUCCUACUAUCACAGAAUUUCAGACUCUGAUGUUUGAAGGAGACCAAGAGACAAUCAGCUGCUCGGUGACAGGAGGAAAUCCUCUAGCUACUAUCACGUGGUCCUGUCCCGGCACUGGAUCAGCAUUGGUCAGUGACAGUGGUCAAACCAGGACAUCUACUCUCUUCUUCACUGUCAGCAGGAGUCAGAACGGUCAGCAGUGUCAGUGUAUGGGGGCGUGGCAGUAUGGAGGAUACAACCUCUCUGAUGUCAGGACCUUCAAUGUCAGCUGUCCAAACAACCAGCAACCACUCAAUGCCAAAUAUAACAUCACAGGUGUAAUAGCAGGAAGCACAAUAGGAACCCUCCUUCUUACCUUGCUGAUUGAAGGACUAGUUCUGACUGUCCUCUAUAGAAAGGGGUUCAGGUUUGGAAACAUCUUGAAAGGAACUGCUUCACAAAUAAGCACAAGGAAUCCCGAAAUAGAAGAAAUGGAAAACAUAGGAUAUUCAUCCUUGGAUGACGUCAACAGUCCAGCUCAGUACCAAAGCGAUAAAGAGGCGUCGGAAAAACAACAUUACACACAGUUGAAGAUUUAUGAAAAUACAAACGUCGAGCCAAAAUCAGAGACAAGUACAUACGAAGACAUGACAGAAGCUCCUCCAGUAUCGUACGAGUCAAUCAAUACAUCUCCUUAUCAGAACAGCGGCGCUCAAUCUCGAGAUCCUGACUAUGGGAACAAGUAAACAAACACUGGAUGCGAUGACAAGACUGGAAGAGAACUGAAAAUUAUGUUUACCUUUCAUAUAGUAUAUAUUUUUUACGUCAACAUGUGACAGUUAUCUUAUAGAAGUUGCCUUUAUCAUUCAAUAUAUUAUUGCUUUGCACUAUAUUAACAUGUAUAAGAUAGCUACUCAAAUAAACGCAAACGACAAUGAAGAACGAAGCGAAAAGGUAAAGAUAAUCGACGUUACAAUUGUUAGAAUAAAGGGGGCACGGGUGGCCCAGUCGUCUAAGGCGCCGCGAUUCGCUGUGCAGAGUUGCGUCCAUUGGGCACGCCAGAAACCUAUGAU